AAUAGACUGUCAGUGUGUCACUAUCAGCAAUCAGUCAGUAUAUAUUUCUUCACAGAAAGGUAGUAGUGGUAGCCGUUUUUUAUUAAAAUAUAUUCCAAGUUUUUGUAAAAAUAGUUAACUGAAGCACUAUUAAAAGAAUUAUAAGUAUAUUAAAUUCAUAUUCAAUAGGAUUGUGAGCAUGACAGCGUUAAAGCCACUUUCUCGUCUCUUCUCUCGUCAAUUCAGCAAAACGUUAGUUAGAGGAUAUGCUGAUGAAAUGAGUUUUACCUUUGCUGCUGGUAAUCAGGUAUUUUACGAUGCUCAAUCAGUAAAACAAGUAGAUGUACCAUCAUUUUCUGGCAGUUUUGGUAUUUUACCAAAGCAUGUUCCAACUUUAGCUAUUUUAAAACCAGGUGUUGUUACUGUGUUUGAAAAUGAUGGGAACAUAAAGAAGGUUUUUGUAUCUAGUGGAACUGUUACAAUCAAUGAAGACUCUUCAGUUCAAAUAAUUGCUGAAGAAGCUGCCACUGUUGAUCAAAUUGAUGCUACCGCUGCAAAAGACGUUUUAUCAGCAGCUCAGAGCCAAUUGUCAUCAGCAAGUACCGAUGAGGCUCGAGCUGAAGCUUCAAUUGCAGUUGAAGUUGGAGAGGCAUUAGUUAAAGCUGCAGAGUGAUGCUAAAAUUGGUAUACAAUUGUUAAAAUAAAGUAUGGUUUAUAGAAUAAUUAAAUUAAAAUUUUAUUUAUAUAUUAUAUGAUUUAUAUCAAAAUUAGGUAAAUUGAUGAAACAAUCUGCUUAUA